AUGGAGUAUCCUACCAACGAUGGUACCGACUUUGAUGAUUGUAGAGCCUUAAACCCCCAAUACAACAGCAGCACCUGGUCCGCCUGCUCAAACAACCGCCGCCAGUCCUCUCGCCGUACCACAUCCACCUUAUCUGCUGCGCUCUCUGCAAUCCGACUUGGAUCGUCGCUCAACGUCCCUUUCCUCCUCCUCGGCAGCUUCGCCUUCUUUUUGGCCUUUUGUGCCUCGUCUGCCCAGGCUCGCGUCCUCCCAGCUGCUCUCGAUCAAUCCCAACCCCUUGGUGACUCUCGUGCCUCGUUCCAGGCUUACUCUGACAUAGCACACCAUGAUCGAUUCAUAGCCCUCGCUCGCCGCGGCAGCGUCCCCAACGCUUCGCCUUCGCAUUUUGACUCCACCUCACCUGCUUCCGCAUCCAGUCACGACAUUCUACAGUGGAUUCGUGACGAGCUCCAUGAAACUGAUAGCGAAAGCUCCCAGGCAUUCCUGAAUCAGCUAUACCAGCGCCUCUCCGUUCAGCAGCGCUCUGUUGCCGACGUCGUCCCUUCGCAUGUGGCUCCUACGUCCUCGCGCUUCCGCUUCUGGAAGCGUGCAACCUCGGGAGGCAGUGAGUCUCAAUGUCAUGAGACCGAGCUUUCCGAGGCCCAAAAGGCAGUUUAUGGCAUUCUGAUUCCCAUCCUCGUCGUACUAUCUGGUCUGUUUGCCGGUCUCACUCUUGGUUACAUGUCGCUCGACGAAACCCAAUUACAGGUGCUUGCCCUUCAGGGAACGCCCAAGCAGAAGCAAUAUGCCGAGAAGAUCAUGCCUAUCCGUAAGGACGGCCAUCUCUUGCUCACUACCCUGCUGAUCGCCAAUAUGAUCACCAACGAGACGCUGCCCAUCAUCGCUGACCCUCUACUUGGUGGUGGUGUCCAGGCCGUUAUCGUCAGUAUUGUGCUCGUCGUCAUCUUCGCCGAACUUAUCCCACAGUCUGUCUGCUCUCGAUACGGUCUUGCCAUUGGUGCCAAGCUGGCCCCGCUCACGCGCGUCGUCAUCAUCCUCCUCUGGCCCAUCGCCUUCCCCGUAUCCCGCGUACUCCACUGGACCCUUGGCCCGCACCAUGGUAUCGUCUACAGGCGAUCCGAGCUCAAGGAGCUCGUCAAUAUGCAUGCUGCUACUGCCGGCCGCGGCGAUCUUAACAACGACACCGUCACCAUUGUUGGCGGUGCACUCGAUCUCCAGGAGAAGGUGGUCAAGCAAGCCAUGACGCCCAUCGAUCAGGUCUUCAUGAUCUCGAUCGAGUCCAAGCUUGGCUACGAGACGCUGCAGCAGAUUGUCAGCUCCGGCCACUCGCGCAUUCCCGUCUACCAAGAGAUCGAGAUCCCCGUCAACCGUGCCCGUGGAGGCAGCGGCACCUUGACGCCCAACCGAGGCAGCGGCCUUCUAAAUGCACUGAGCCGCAAAGCCAGCAACACGCAAACAAAGGCCUCGUCAGACGACCAGCGCACACUUGAUGGCAGUGUCACAACUGACAAAGAGUUGCUUCCCGUCAACGCCGAAUCUCAGGUUACCACCGUCUCAGCUUCCGUGGCCACGAACGAGAAGUCUGGUACCACGACGAUCAAGCGCAAAAAGAUCAUCGGUGCACUUCUGGUCAAGCAAUGUGUGUUGCUCGAUCCCGAAGAUGAGACGCCUGUACGCGACAUGGUCAUCAACGCGCUGCCCACUGUCCCUGCCGAUGAGCCGCUGCUCAAUCUCCUCAACGUUUUCCAAGAGGGUCGCUCGCAUCUCGCCAUUGUCUCUUCGCGCACUCGGCGUUCGUCGCCUGGUUCCUUUGUCGACCUGGGCAACGAGAAUGAUCCUCGCAAGACCCAGGCUGUGACCCGAUCUGGCACCGCCGCCCGCGUCGAGGAUCUCGGCGACAUUGAUGAGGAGAAGCAGCUCGACGAUUCUACCAUCAAAAAGUCGGGCUUUUGGUCGCGCCACUUGCGCCGACACCACCGCCAUGCGACCAAGACCAGCUCACAAGACUUGCCCCCCGAGGCGCUAGGAGAGGAUGUCGACGCAGGCGCUGUAGCCACCGAGAUGGCACAGCGCGACGUACCCAUCGGUAUCAUCACACUCGAAGAUGUGCUCGAAGAGCUCAUCGGCGAGGAGAUCCUCGACGAGUACGAUUCCGAGGUGGAGCAGAACUUUGCCCAGAUCAGUCCUCCUCCCAGUCCUGGUCACAAGGAAAUGAUGGACAAGAAGGUCGAGGCGCCCAAAGACGCGGACGAGGUGCAGUUGCCCAGCUCCAUUCUCAAGCUGCCCACCAGUCCCAAGAUUACGUUGCCUCGAUUCAAGCUUGGUCGUAGUGCCAGCCAGAAGGACACCGACAUCGGUGACCUUGCUCCGACCAAAAGCUUGUCAGUACCGCCCACGCCUGUCCUGGAAAGCAGCGGUGCUGAACUGCCUUCGAUCAAAGAAACGCAGCCCAAGAGCGGCAACGCCGGCGUCCAUUUUCCCUUUGAGGUAGCUGAGUCGCGCUGCCGCACGGACGGCGCCCUUUCGCGUCCAGGCUCACGGCCUGUCUCACCAGGUCCCGGCGCUGUGCUGGCCAGCACGGAUGAACAGCCUACGCACGCUGUUCCGCGCGCCAACAAGCCAGUCGUGAUCCGUCACCAGGCUCCCGAUGGAACCAUCGCCACCGCUAUUGUCGCCGAGUCGUUGUUGCGCGGCCGCACUAACGCGCUCAACACGGAGCGCAGCGCAAGCGGAGACGCCAGCCGAAGCAACACGCCAUCUGGAACACGCGUGAGUCGAUUCAAGAGCACUCCGUUGCCUGUCAGUGUUCCGAGCACGCCUGUCACUGCCGCUCCUCCCAGGGGCAGACCGUUUGGCAAAUCCGAGAUCGGCUCUACCUUCGCUGAAGGAGAGACUGCGACGGCGCCCGUUGCCAGUCCGGAAGAGCUCGACUCAGAUGAGAGGUACAAGCAGCUCGGAAACGGUGACACUGACGAGACUGAUACGCUCUGA